CCGCGGCGCGGAGCGACACCUGCUCGGCUCCCUCAUGCGAGUGACACCGGGGCUCGGCGGGGAUAUUUGAGGCACCCUCCGGCGCCGCCACCGCCACUCCGCGCUCGCCGCCGCGCCGGGCACAUGCGGUUCGCGGGGCCGCGGCGAGGAGCGCGCUGGGCCGGGGUGCGGCACCCCGCGGGGGAGGACGCGGCGGCGGCGGGGGGAAGGCGCGACCAUGUGCGCGGAGCUCCGCGGCAAGCUGCUGGCCCUGGCCCUGCUGCUCGCCAUCGCCCGGGCUGCGGCGGGCACUGAGGCCACGCACCCGCCGGAGGGGCCGCAGGACAGGACCCCACAGCAGAAGGGGCGCCUGUCCCUGCAAAACACAGCUGAAAUCCAGCACUGCCUGGUUAAUGCUGGCGAUGUGGGAUGCGGAGUGUUUGAAUGCUUUGAAAACAAUUCUUGCGAGAUCCGAGGCUUACAUGAGAUCUGCAUGACAUUCCUGCACAACGCUGGAAAAUUUGAUGCCCAGGGAAAAUCCUUCAUUAAAGACGCUCUGAAGUGUAAGGCUCAUGCCUUGAGGCAUAAAUUCAGCUGCAUCAGCCGUAAGUGCCCUGCCAUUAAAGAGAUGGUGUUCCAGUUACAGCGGGAGUGCUACCUGAAGCAUGACCUCUGCUCCGCUGCCAAGGAGAAUGUCCAGGUCAUUGUGGAGAUGAUUCACUUCAAAGACCUGCUGCAGCAUGAGCCAUACGUUGAUCUAGUGAACAUCCUGCUCACCUGUGGUGAUGAGGUGAAAAAGGCAAUAACAAGAAGUGUCCAGGUCCAGUGCGAACAGAACUGGGGAAGUCUCUGCUCCAUCCUGAGCUUCUGCACCUCUUCCGUGCACAGUGACACCAUCCUGGGUCCAGAGAAGAAGGCAGGUGAAGCCAGCAAAGCUGGUGCUGGCCGUGGGGACAUGCUGGCCCACUCCGACUCCGACCACAGGGAGACCUCACGAGCAUCUAAGGCAGAGAGAGGUACUAAGGGCCACUUGAACGCCCAUGCCCGGGUGAAAGCUGGGGGCCAUGGUCCCAAAGGGGUACAUGGGAUCAUGGACCGGGCAGACGAACUGUCCGACUUUUCUGACAUCCGGAGGUGAAAAAAAGGCACCAAGUCCCCGUUUCCCCCAUCCUUCCCCUUCACUGGAAACCUCCUCCGUUGAGUCCCAUCUUCCCGUCUAUGGACAUUCCAAAGCAUUUCCCAUUCAGAGGUCAAGCACAGGGCAUUGCAAGAUAUAUACGGACCUCGGCAACAGUGUAUAUAGUAGCAAAGGGAGAGCAGUGGCAAUGGGUUAUAGAUCCAGCAAACUCAACACUUGAGCAGCCACCAAGUGUGGCAAAAUGUCUCCAGCUAAAUUCAUUUCCCCUUUUUUAUGAAGUGGAUAUCAGCUGAAAUUUAGGAUCUUGUUUGGGGGUUGUUGGGUUGUUUUGAGGAUUUGUUUUUCUUUUUGUUUUGUUUUGUUCUUCUUUUUUUCUUGGUCCCCUUGUCUGGGGAGAAGGUUCCAAGAGGGCUCUGCCAGACUGCAUGUGGCUGCUUGUGGCUUAGCACCUCUGAAGGUUUAGGGCACAGCCUUACAGCAGAUGGCUGAAUUCCAGGGGGAUUUGGUUUCUUGUCUGUGGCUGAGAACACAAGAGUUCAAGGCUCUCUAUGUGACACUCUCUAAUGAAAUAGCUACCCCAUCUCUUGCACAGGAACUGUGGGGUCUGGAGCUCCACCGCUUUCUCUUAGUAACUUCUGAGCCAUUGUUCCCAUCUGGGUGAUGCUGCCUAGUCUAAGUGCCCCCGUUUGGUUUUUAACCACUGCAUAACUUGACACUUGCUAAUCCAGUCACUUCAGCGUAUCAAAGGCAAGUAGUCAGCUUCCAGGCAAGGCAACAUGACUGUUAAGACUUGCACAGUAGGGAGGACCCCCAGGAGUAUACUGGUGGACCUCUAAAACCCUGUGCACAUUCUCUGCUUACACCUGUCUGCUCAGUGAUACAGGUCCUCCAGCCCAAGCUUAAAAGGGUGGGCACAGGCUCAGACAGUGAAGGACCCUAUAUACAUGUUUUUUCUGCAGGACUGCAUUGAAGACCCAUCAUAAAUCUCCUUAGCAGCAGCACGGCAUGGUUUGCUAGGAUGUGGACCCCCGUUCUAACCUGCCUAUCAGCUGUGGUUUAUCCAAAUGCCAAAGAUAAGGAGAAGGGGUUGACUUGGGUUGUUGGUUUUUUUUUUUUCAAUUGUCAUGCAAAUAAUGACCACCAAUCUCUGCAGAAUGAGUUAGUAAAAAUGAAGAGUGUCAAGAGCUUAUUGCCUCUAACCAGUUUUAAGUGUGAAUGAGGUGUUUGAACACAUCUCUCGUACCCCCUAUGCAAUUGUAAUUCUCAGGUUGCAGAUCUGCAAUCCUAUAUCCCCAGAUAUUGUAGUGGAAAUGGAGGUUACAGCAUCCACAGGGACAGAGGGGUGAACUCUUCAGCUUCCUCUAGAGAAAAAGCAAAUUUUCUUAGAAAGUGGGAAUCACACCAGGGAUUUGAGCCUUCUCAUUUAGAAAGUUUGGGAGGAAAGCUGUGGGGGCAGGAAGGCAGUUCAGUAGAGACAGAACGUACCCAGUGAACUAACGUACGUCAUGUCGCAUGGUGGGAAGGAGCUGUAUAAACAGUAGAGGGUGUUGGAAUUUGGCUACGAUUUCCAACUCAGAUUUUAGUUACUGCUAAGUGAACACAGCUCCUAAUAGCUAUAUUCAGGGUUUAAUGCAUGUAUCCACCCGCAGAAGUUAUAGGCAUUGCUUUUAAUAGAACCCACGUAGGAAGGAAGAGAGGACAGUUAAGUUGAAAAGGUGUGUCUCUAUGUGAUCACCAGGUCUUUGUUUACGGACAUGACCUUGAUCCCGCCUCAUUUUAGCUAAGUUCUGUGAUAAAAAUUUUCAUUCAACUUAACUGGGAAGAGGUGGGAUCAGGCCAGGAACUGAAGCAGUGAAGACUAUGCUGACCUGCGGAGCGGAGCUCUUGCCAGUGCAAGUGCUAGCUGCCCCGUUGAGUAGUAGAACAGCUCUGCCAUGGAUGAGGCACCCAGCCUGUCCCACAGAGGAGCUCGCUAAGGUUGGUUUGGACCUGCCUCUGAUGGCUAACUCCUCUGCUCCAAAACUGAAGUGGCUGCUGGUGGUACCAUAAGAAGGUUUCUAGCGUGCCUCCAUGGGUUUCCUGUGAGCAUCCUCUCCCCCUUGGUGGCAUAUAGCCACCAUGAAGAACAAGCUCAAACCAAAAAGACAAUCCAAGUGUUUUAGAAAAAAAAAAAAAAAAAAAGAAGAAAAAAAGAAAAAAAAAAACCAAACACAAAACAGGAACAACAGCUCACUACCAACAUAAUGCUCUUGCAUUGAACUAAAAUAAGAUCCCUCUCUCAUUAGAGGUCUGAUUCAUCAGUGGGAACCAAACAUACAGAUCUACAUCCUUGAAUGUCUCAGUCAACGUAUCACCUCAGCAUGCAUACAGUUUUACUUGUAUUCAUUUGUUCUGUGGGGAAAAUUGUAUAUUCCCCUGGUUUAGUCAAUAAAAAUUGGGGGGAGGGAGGGAAGCUGUGGGUGGGAUGUUUGUGUAAGGCAUAAUAUUUUUUUCCUCUGUGUGUGAAGAUUUUAUGUGUUCAUCUACUGAUUCCACAUAUGCUAUUAUUGUAAAUAUUUAACAUUUCUAUUUAUUAUAGUGUCCCCAUUUAAAAAAGAACACUGCUGGCUAUGAUAAUUUAAGCGUAUGUCAUGACCUGUGUUGUAUAUAUUCAUGCCACUAGUAUGGGUUUUUUUAUGUUUAAAGCUGCGUAAAUAUAGUUUUAUACAGUUCCAUAAUGUUAUUGACAGCAUAAAUCAUUUAUUUAUUGUUAAACCUUUCAUAUCUAACAAAAAGGGUGCGUUUUACCUGAGAUUAUUUUAUUGUGACAUCUACAUAGCCUUAAUUCUUUAUAAAAAAGGAAAAAAAGUCCAUUUAGAUACUGUAUGAUGCUUUAAUUAACAUUCCUUAUGAACUUGCUGUUCAUGAAGGAGGUUUAGCUUAAAAGCCAAGAUAUGAAUGUUUCCUUUACGCUUUGCAUCUGGAAUGAGCCUUGUUCUGGAAUGAAAAUAAUGGGAGAAGCAAAAUGCCUACUGGAAAACUAUAGCAGAAAACCCUGGAAAAUGCUGUCCUAACUUAAAGUGCUGAACUAAAAGGAGAAAAAAAGAAAAAGGAAAAUUAAAAAAAAAGUGAACUGUCCUUAAUUCCAAAUCUCUGGGAGAAAAACAUACUAGUUUUAUCUCGUGUAGAAUUUGCAGCCAAAUAAGCUUGUAAAAAACAAAGAAAAUGCAUAUGACUUUAGACAAAGCUCUGUACCUUUCACACUAUUAUUUUCCUUAAACACUAAUAAAUGUUUUGAAUAAG